AUGCCGACAAGAUCGGGCGCGCGCCUGGGGAGACCGGCCAAGGCCAAAAAGACCGAGACCCUUGUAGAACAUACCGAAACGCCAAACAGUGCGCUUCGGAAUCAAGUUUGCGCCAUCUUUCGCGAUGCGCAAAGGACCACGGCCACGCAUCGGAAGCUGGCAGUCAACCUUCGAAAGAUCCAGGAAUCAUGCUGCUACGAGCCCGUCAGUGCGAAGAACCCAUCCGAGGACCAAUUCGACGAGAAGGCGUUCAACCACGAAUUCGUUCGAUGCUUGCUGCGCAUCAUGCCGGUGAAGAAGGCGGAAAGUGUUGGAGAGAAGUUGAUCCGAUUCAUUGGACUGUUUCUGCGACAUGCUUCGGACAAGGAUAACGAGCUUUUGGAUGAGGCCGAUGUCGACACGAGCUUGAUGCCCGAGACCCCAAGCACGCGGCUUUCUUCACAGGUGCUCAAAACUGCGCUCUCCCUGAUGCAGGCCAAGGACAAGUACGUGCGGUUUAGGUCAACACAGCUUAUCUCUCACAUCAUCAACUCUCUCGAGGCCAUCGACGACGACCUGUUUCAAGACCUCCGCAACAACCUGUUGAAACGGAUUCGAGACAAGGAGGCCAUGGUCCGCGUGCAGGCGGUGCUGGGCCUUGGUCGACUUGCGGGAAACCAACCCGAAGACGGCGGCAAAUCAGACGACAGCGACAACCCGUCGACCGGCCUCUUGGAUAAACUCCUAGACGUCUUACAAAACGAUUCAAGCGCCGACGUUCGACGAUCACUGCUAGUGAAUCUCCCAAUCCUACCCGCUACGCUACCAUACCUGCUCGAGCGUGCAAGGGAUCAGGACGCCGCCACGCGAAGAGCAGUCUACUCUCGUCUUCUGCCAGCUCUGGGAGACUUCCGUCAUUUGUCGCUAUCUAUGAGAGAAAAGCUCCUCCGAUGGGGCCUUCGUGACCGAGACGACAACGUACGAAAGGCGGCAGGGAGACUUUUCCGGGAGCGCUGGAUUGCAGACUGUGCUGGCGUACCGCCAACAGAGGAAGCUCCACCAAACUUUGAAGGUUUGUUGGAGCUUCUGGAGCGAAUCGACGUCAUCAAUUCUGGAGUCGAGAAUGGAGUGGCCCUUGAGGCAAUGAAUGGCUUUUGGGAGGGCCGUCCAGAUUAUCGCGAGGCCGUGGUCUUGGACGACCGGUUCUGGGAGACUCUGUCCGCCGAGUCUGUGUUUAUGGCCAGAAGCUUCAAUGACUUCUGCCGUAGCGAAGGCAAUGGUCGAUACGAGUCCCUGGUAGAGGAGAAGCUUCCAGAAGUCACCAAGCUGGCCUUCUUCCUAGAGCGCUAUCUGAAGGUCCUGGUGGAUGCCAUUAAGAGAGUGGCAAACCUUGACGAGGAAGACGAUGAAGAGGAUACCGUUGAGCAGGAAUUCAUCAUCGAGCAGAUGCUCCACAUUGCGCUGACUCUUGAUUACUCUGACGAGGUCGGCCGAAGGAAAAUGUUUACUCUGCUUCGCCAGUCCCUAGCCAUCCCAGAACUCCCAGAUGAGGUAACAAAGCUUACCAUGGAAGCUCUUCGGUACAUUUGCGCCCCGGAUGCUGCCGGAGAGCGAGAGUUCUGCAGUAUUGUCCUUGAAGCCGUUGCUGAUGUGCACGACACAAUUGCGGAUGAAGACGUCCCUGGAGAAGACGACGACAGCUUCGUCUCUGCCAAAUCCGACCUUAGGAGCCGCGAAAACACUCCCGCCCCUGAUUCCAAAAAGGAUACUGAGCUGACUGAGGAGGAGGCUCAAGAGAAGGCAGUGAGAGAGAUUAUCGUCAACUUGAAAUGUCUGCACAUUGUCCAAUGCAUGCUUACACACGUCACCGGAAACCUCAAAGACAACACGGACUUGGUGUCCAUGUUGAAUAAUCUGGUGGUACCAGCUGUACGGAGCCAUGAGGCACCCGUUCGUGAAAGAGGACUUCUCUGCCUGGGACUAUGCGCCCUGCUAGACCGCUCGUUGGCCGAAGAAAACCUGGGACUCUUUAUCCACUUCUUCACCAAGGGACACACAGCCUUGCAGAUCACUGCCCUACACAUCUUGACGGACAUCUUGAACGUCCAUGGAUCUCAGCUGCUUGACUCGACUCCAGCUGUUAUCAAGGUGUACGUCAAGGCAGUCAAGGGCAGUGGCAGGUCAUCCGAGGUGCAAGCCGCAGCUACUAUAGCAGCAUCCAAACUGCUCCUAGGCCGCGUUAUUUCUGAUGAAGAGGUUUGCGAAGAGCUGCUAAAGUCCCUAGUGAUUGCCUACUUUGAUCCCGCGUCCUCUACCAACCAGACAGUUAGACAAGCCCUCAACUACUUCUUGCCAGUAUUCUGCUUCUCUCGUUUGGAGAAUCAGAAUCUCAUGAGAAAGGUUUCCCUGGUAGCUCUCCAUUCUCUGCUCAACUUGCGUGAGGGCCUGGAGGACGACGAUGUCGACGUUGAAGAGGACAUGGUUAGCAUGACGACCAUUGGUGCUUGUUUGGCGGACUGGACGGACCCGCGGAAAUGCUACAGCCCAGAAAUUCUUCUUGACGGGGAGAAGAAGGGUGUCAAUGGCGAUGUGCAUCUUGACUUUGCCUGCGAUAUUCUAGAAAGGCUUCGUGCAAGCAUUAGCAAAGCCGAAAAGAAGCUGGUUGCCGGCCUUCUCGGAAAACUCUACGUAUCACCCAACUCCACUGAAGAGAAGCUCCGAGAGACCUACGAGACCAUUUCUGAAGCCGUUGAGGAGGGCCUUGUCACAGACACCACCGGCCGCAACGCGCUGUACAAGAUUCAUGUCAGCCUGGGCAAGAUUGUCAACAAUCUAGAUGAACAGCGCCCAGCGCAUAGUCGGACCAGCCGCAGCGUAUCAGUCGCCGUGGACCGUCAAUCGCCAGGCGAAAAGUCUGUCGCAUCGAAUGCAGAGGACGACAAUGACAACGACAAUGACAACGGCAACGACAAUGAAAACGACAAUGAAAACGACAAGAUCAAAGUCGAGGAUGAUAGCGAUGCGAAUAGCGACGAUGGGACCGUCGUGCCGGAGAACCCGAGCAGGGAUGAGCUUGUGGAGGAUUUGUUGUCUGAUGAAGAUACCAAGAUGGAGGAUGUGUGA